UUUUAGCAACAUAGCUGUUGCAGAUUAUUCCCUUUCGCCCUUGCCACCACCACCAACCACCACACAUCUCCAUCGUUCGUCGGAGUGAUCGCUGUUUUUACAAAACACAUCAAGUAGUUGAUACUCGUGAAUCUGGUUCUACGAGUUUGUUUGAUUUGAGAUCUGGAAGAUCUAGAAUGUCGAAAAUAUGGGGGAAUAUCGGCGCCUGGGCGGCGGAAGCGGAGCGUGCAGAGGCCGAAGAGAAAGAACAAGAGGCCGCAGCAGCGGCGGCAGCCGCGGCUGCUCCACCACAGAGUUAUCCGAGCUUGAAAGAGGCGGUGAACACUAACAAAGGGAAGAAAAAGACGAAGAUGACCUUGCAGGAGUUCACGAUGGGCGGAGCUGGAGGUAUCGGUGGUGGAGGUUCGCGCCGAGACUUGGCUUUCGAGCAGAAAGGAUUGACUCCUGAAGAGAUGAUGCGGCUUCCGACCGGGCCGAAAGAGCGGUCUGCAGAAGAAAUGCAAUACGGGAGGAUAGGCGGUGGUUUCUCGUCGUACGGAGGCGGUCGGUCUGGCGGAGGUCCUAGGAUGAGGGAUAGAGAAGCCGAUGGUGACGGUUCAUGGGGGAAUAAUCGGAGAUCUUACGGUGGAUUUGAUGAUGAUCGUAGAGGUCCGCCUUCUCGGGGCCCGGAAUACGAACAAACAUCUAGGGCUGAUGAGGUUGAUAAUUGGGCAAUGGCGAAGAAACCUAUGACUCCUUCAUUUGAUGCUGGUAGUAGACCUAACCGCUACAGUUCUCUUGGUGGAGGCGGCGGUCUUAGCGCAGGAGGAGGAGGAGGGGGAUUUUCUAGGGCUGAUGAGAUUGACAAUUGGGCAAUGAAUAAGAAGCCUGUACCACCUGCUAGAUCCUCUAACUUCGGUUCUGGUUUUCGUGAUUCUGGAGGACCUGAACCUGACCGUUGGAGUAGGGGAGUUUUGCCUCGCGAUGGCAACCAGGAACGGCUACCAGAGCGCCGCCGUUUGGUACUCGAUCCACCUAAGGGUGAAAGUUCUCUGACUCAGCCCAUCGUCAAGACGAAUAAACCAAAUCCUUUUGGGAAUGCAAGGCCGAGAGAAGAGAUAUUGGCCGAGAAAGGUUUGGAUUGGAAGAAAGCGGAUUUAGAACUUGAAGCUAAGAAAAUCAACAGUCGACCCACAAGCUCUCAUUCUAACAGCAGGCCUGGGAGUGCACAUUCUGGGAGGUCUGCAGAGGGUUCAGUUUCAUUACAGGGAUUAGAGAAGCCGAGGCCUAAGGUGAAUCCUUUCGGUGAUGCUAAGCCUCGGGAAGUCUUGCUUCAGGAGAAAGGUGUUGAUUAUCGGAAGAUUGAUUCAGAGUUGGAGCGGCGGCGCCUUGGCAGGUCGGAGACAGAGGCAGAAAAAAACUUAAAGGAAGAAAUAGAUAAUUUGAGAAGGGAGUUUGAGAAAGAGUCUCCUUCAAAUGUAGAGUUACAUGAUAUGAUAAUUGAGAAAGAAAGGGAACUGGAACAGUUAAGCCAUGAUCUGGAUGAUAAACUUCGGUUCAGUCAAAAGAGCUUUGAAAGACCAGGUUCUGGAGCAGGAAGACCACCCUCUCAAUCUGGUUCCUUUGAUGAAUCCAGAAGUGUUGACUUUUCAGAGAGGCCUCAAUCCCGUGACGACAGAAGAAGAGGUUUUGGUGGAACUGGAAAAGAUAGAGGUUUUUUGGGUAACACUGAUCUUGCCAGGCCUAACUCAAGGGAGAGAUGGUGACAAGUAGAAAAGUAAGGAGGGAGGAAUAAAAAAAUAUAAAAUUUUGGUGUUCCAAGGAGAAGAGAAAGAGGCUUCUAACUUUAAAGAAGAAGUGAAAGUGAAAGUGAAGUAAGUGUGUUGUUACAAGUAAGUGUAAACAAAGCUUCUUUCCAUUGAUUUGCUGAAAAAGGAAGGACUAAGGAGGAGUUAGCUGUCUUGUGUUACUUAUUAUUAAUACUCUUCAUUUUGAUUGUACAUCUCGAAUG